UUUGGAGUCUUGUAGCCGGCCGACGCAGGGGGGCCCAACCUCAGAUAAAGAUGUUAGGAUUGGCCGGCUCAUCUUCGGAAUCCGAAAAUAAAACAGAGACAGAACACUCUUUUCUCCGUCAACAACAUGGGGGCUCAGGCAUGGAUAAUUAUGGUAGUAAUAUGUGCAACUUUCAUGCAGAUAAGCAGAGCUGUAGACUCCUCCUCUGUAGAUGAUAAAAUCCUGAGUUUGCCAGGGCAACCACCAGUCAGUUUCCAGCAAUAUGCAGGAUAUGUAACCGUUGACGAAAACCAAGACAGGGCACUUUUCUAUUACUUUGUCGAAGCAGAAUCAGACCCAGCAUCAAAGCCUCUUGUUCUCUGGCUAAAUGGGGGGCCUGGCUGUUCUUCUUUUGGAAUAGGAGCUUUCUCUGAAAAUGGCCCCUUCAGACCCCGUGGUGGAGGGCUUCUGGUCAGAAAUGAUUAUAGUUGGAAUAAAGAAGCAAACAUGCUGUACCUGGAAUCACCAGCAGGGGUUGGUUUCUCUUAUUCCGCCAAUCAAUCUUUCUAUGACCUGGUGAAUGACACUAUCACAGCACAAGACAGUUACAUAUUCCUGCAGCAAUGGUUUGUCAAAUUCCCUGAAUACAAAGAUAGAGAUUUCUAUAUUACUGGAGAGAGCUAUGCAGGCCACUAUGUCCCUCAACUAGCACACCUAAUUGCUCAGUCAGGACUAAAAUUCAAUCUGAAGGGCAUAGCUGUAGGAAAUGCUUUAUUGGAGUUCAAUACGGAUUUGAACUCCGAGGGCGAUUACUAUUGGGCUCAUGGGUUGAUAUCAGAUGCUACUUAUGAACUCAUGAAUUCAGUUUGUAACAGUUCACAGCUAUGGAGAGAGAGCAUAACAGGCUCUAGCUUCGCUGCUUGUGUGGUUGUGAAUAAGAGACUUUCGGUAGAAUUUCCUAACGCAUUUGAUGAUUACAACGUCAUUGGCGAUAUUUGCAUAUCAUCUGGUGAAUCACAGUUGGAUGUUCCCAGUUACCCCUUUAGACCAAAGUUUAAAGUUUCAUCAUCCACUCAAUCAGUACAAGCGGCACUCGAUCAGACAAAAGAUGCUGGGAACAUAGAUGUUUGUGUGCAAGAAAAAUCAUCCCAAUAUUUGAACAAGAAAGAUGUGCAAGAAGCUCUUCAUGCUCAGCUUGUAGGAGUCACCAGAUGGACAGGUUGCAGCAGUGUGGUGAAUUAUGAUAGGCGAAACUUCGAGAUACCUACAAUCAAUAUUGUGGGCUCACUGGUCAGUUCAGGCAUUCGGGUCCUAGUCUACAGUGGAGAUCAAGAUUCAGUUAUCCCAUUUAUGGGGAGCAGAAUUUUGGUUGAUGGUUUGGCGAAAGAGCUGGGAUUGAAUGCAACUGUGCCUUACAGACCUUGGUUUGAGGAUAAGCAGGUUGGUGGAUGGACACAAGUUUAUGGCGAUAUCCUAACAUUUGCAACCAUCAGAGGAGCUGGACAUUUAGCACCAUUGACAUCCCCUAAGAGAUCCUUGGCCUUGUUUUCAGCAUUUAUGUCCGGAAAACCCCUUCCAGAGGCAUUGCCUAAUUAAAAUGUUGCUAAUAUUUUUUUAUAGAACUGAUUUACUUUUAAAUAUGUGUUUAUAUGCUUGAUCAGCAAUGCCACUGUCAGUGUCUUUGGUAGGAAAAGGAAUUUGAAUGCCUAUGCAAUGAUAUUGACCCUUUAAGCAA